CGGUGAGGUGUCGGCCGGCGGGGCAGCUGCCGGGAGCAGGGGGCGGGUGCGUUGGUCAUGUUUACCUUCGGGCCCGGUAGUCCCGGAGGGGAUGGGACAGCCGGAACCGGGGCUGAGGAGCCGGCACCCCGUGCAGGGCAGGCAGCGGCCACCGGGCCGCUCCCUUCCCCGCCCACGCCGCCGCAGCCAGAGGCUGACGCAGCCCCUCCCCCGUCGCCCUCCCGGAGCCCUCGCCGUCCCGGCGCCCCCUCGCUGUCCCUGGCCGCGCGCGUCGGGGAGCUCGAGCCGCCCGGAGCUCUGGACUCCUCGGCAGCUUCCGCCCAGGGAGAGCCGUCACCACCCUCCCCCCCGCGCCGGCGACCCGGGCCCGACUGCAGGGCGGGGGGCCGGGGCCGCCUCGGCGCCGGCCUGGGCGGCCCCGGCGCGCGGCUAUUCGGGUGGCUGAGAGAACGCAGUCUGGGCCGCGGGCUGUUCGUGGACCCGGCGCGGGACAAUUUCCGCACCAUGACUAACCUCUAUGGUUCCAUCCAUCCCGCGGACUCGGUGUACCUCAGCACCCGCACCCACGGCGCCGUCUUCAACCUCGAGUACUCCCCCGACGGGUCAGUGUUGACUGUUGCUUGUGAACAGACUGAAGUUCUGCUUUUUGACCCUAUAUCUUCAAAGCACAUAAAAACACUUUCUGAAGCUCAUGAAGACUGUGUAAAUAAUAUCAGAUUUCUUGAUAACCGGCUGUUUGCUACCUGCUCUGAUGACACUACAAUAGCACUGUGGGAUCUGAGAAAAUUGAACACCAAAGUAUGCACUUUACAUGGUCACACUAGCUGGGUGAAGAACAUCGAAUAUGAUACUAAUACAAGACUCUUAGUAACAUCAGGAUUUGAUGGAAAUGUCAUUAUUUGGGACACAAACAGGUGUACAGAAGAUGGGUGUCCACAUAAGAAAUUCUUUCAUACACGUUUUCUCAUGAGAAUGAGAUUAACACCAGAUUGUUCCAAAAUGUUGAUCUCCACGUCCUCUGGAUAUCUCUUGAUUUUGCAUGAUCUUGACUUAACCAAGUCUUUAGAAGUAGGCAGCUAUCCUAUUUUGAGAGCAAGAAGAACUACAUCAAGUUCAGAUCUGACCACUUCAAGUUCAUCUGGUCCUAGAGUUUCUGGUUCACCUUGUCAUCAUAGUGAUUCUAAUUCAUCUUCUGAGAAACACAUGUCACGAACCUCACAAAGAGAAGGAGUUUCACCACGAAAUAGUCUUGAAGUCUUAACCCCAGAAGUUCCCGGUGAAAGAGAUCGUGGAAACUGCAUCACAUCCUUACAGCUGCACCCAAAAGGCUGGGCCACACUCCUUCGGUGCUCAAGCAACACUGAUGAUCAGGAGUGGACUUGUGUCUAUGAAUUCCAAGAAGGAGCUCCCGUGCGACCAGUCUCCCCUCGCUGUUCUCUACGACUGACUCAUUACAUUGAAGAAGCCAAUGUAGGCAGGGGUUAUAUCAAAGAACUUUGCUUCAGCCCUGACGGGCGAAUGAUUUCUUCCCCACAUGGCUACGGGAUCCGCUUGUUGGGAUUUGACAAACAGUGCAGUGAACUUAUUGACUGUUUGCCCAAAGAAGCCAGUCCCCUGCGGGUGAUCCGUUCUCUGUACUCUCAUAACGAUGUGGUACUGACGACAAAGUUCUCUCCAACACAUUGUCAGAUUGCCUCAGGGUGCCUUAGUGGACGGGUUUCCUUGUAUCAGCCAAAGUUUUAGGCACAACCUACAUCAAAUAAGGAACUCUUCUGGUGUUUGACUUAUAAAUUACUUCAAUUUAGGUGAAGUAUUUUCUUUUUAGAAGAUCUUAAAAGUUUGGGUCAAGAUCCCAGUUCUUAUGGGUCCAUGAACACACCUGUGACCUGAGUACUUGGUCGUCCAGCAUCGCAGGGGCCUCACCAAGGUACACUCUCUGCCCCAGCAUCUUUUGCCGCAUUCCUCUGUCCUGCUCAUCUGUGCCGCCCGAACUUCCGUUCUGCUUUUGCAUGGUAGUUCUGGUCAAGUUUCUUUCUUUGUUUUUUGAUUUUGGGAUGAAUUUCGUGGACAUCUGGCAGGAGUUUUGGCUGGGUUAGGAGAAACCUGUGGCACUAGUAUUGAAUAAAACCCUGAUGUCUGAUGUCAGCAUACUGGUCAUUGAAAAAGGAAUUCCAUCUUCACUUAGUAUACUUUGGCCUUUUAAAGUUGCUGUUAUGUUUCUCUAUAAUGAGCACAGAUAAUGGCAUUAUUCUCUUAACUGUUAGAUAGUCUUACAACAAAAUGUCUUUUAAGUUUCCUGUUAAAAUGAUACAUAUUUAUUCACCGUGAGGAGAACUUUGUUGUGAAAUGCUGGAAAAAAUAACUACCACCUCUCUUUGUAAUUUACUUGUAUUAAUUUAAAAAUCGCUAGCAUGUGCCCUUACGUGGUAUUUUGUUCCUGUCAAUAGGAUUUAGAAAGGAAAAGAGAAGGAAUGGGCUUUGGUCAUUUUGGUUACAUUGAAGAGGAUUCAUUAGGUUAGUACACCAUCUGGUCAGAGUGAUGAGAACAGCGUGGCUCGGAGUUUCUGUGUUCUCUGCCAGGCUGUUGGACUCACACAGGGUGACACGUGAUGGUAUCGGUGUGGGGGGACUUAAAGAGGUUGUGUUUUACUCUUUAUUCCUUGAAGCAGGUGGCAGGAGCGCAGCCCCCCAGCGUCAGGGAGCAGAGAGCUGUAGUCCUCUCAAGCCGUGUCCUAACUACAGUAGUCAGUAACUUGGAUGUCAAAGCAAAGAGCCCACACAAAGACCUCUUGUGUUUUGUUAUGGAACACAGCAAGUAAAAGGCAUCAAGCAGGGGACAGUCACCGGGCCGGUUGCUCUGAUGAAGUAAGCAGCUUUCUUCUGGUCUCCACUUUGGAUAGUAUUCUCUUAGAAGAAAUCUGCCAGAAGUGGAGUAAUUGAAGCCACACACUAGCCCUUUCCGUCUCAGAUCACAUUCUCUUAGGCCAGUGGUUCUCAAACAUCAGGGUGCAUUACAGUCACUGAGGAGCUUCUGAAGAACAUAGAAACCUGGCCCUUACCUUAGGAGGUUCUGAUUCAGCCAGGGAGAGGAUAGGAGUCUGUAUUUUUAACAAGAACCUCAAGUAAUCUUUAGUCAGGUGGUCCCCGGGGUCACAGUUUGAAAAGCACUACCUGAAACAUAAGUAAGUACUUCUGUGCCUCUCAGGUGCUUGACUCCCGAAGGUGUUUUGAUUUAAAAAAAAAAAAAAAAAAAAAAGUAAAUGAAACCAAUUUUAGAGGUAGAAAAUGCAAUCAGUCUCAUUAUUUGAUCUCAUUUGAUGAAUGAGAAAAGUUAAGUGACUUGCCUAAAGUCAUCUUAAAAAAUUAGUGGCAGAGCCAGAACUUGAAUUCAAGUCUCCUAAUUCCUUGCUCAGGGCAAUUUCUACUGUAUUCUGCUGGCUGUCAAAUCAAUGAUUUAUGAACACUUUUAUUUUGUCUUUAAGUUGUAUUAUUUUGACUACCCUUAAACUGGCCAAUAGUUUGAAAAAAGUGUGGAAGUAGAUGCCGAGAAUUACAGCCGUGAGAAGAAAAGUAUCUUAAAUCUUACAGAAAUGCUAAAUGAACCCAAAUACAUGAAUAAAACUGACAUUUCUUUGUAGGACCCACCAGACAGCCAUGUACACACGUGGACAGAGCUUACAUCUCACUUGGAACAAGGUCGACUCUAGGACAGAUUUGUAAAAUUAGAUCAUUUCACCAUGGAUGGUAAACAAAUUGGAAUUUUUUAGCCAGCAAGAAAAGUACCACAAAGUAAUGAAAACAGGUUUGCCAUAAACUUUUUUUAAAGAAUCCACAUAUUUAAAGUUUUAGAGAUAAAAGCACCCAAUGUUAACAUUAAAAAUCAGCUACUAAGUACAAUAAUUAAUAUUUUUAAAAAGGUUCCAUAAAUUGCAUCCCUUUUGGAGGGAGUUGCAGGUCAGAUGCGGGUCACCCAGCUCUGAAUUUCAGUCCAGGAUUCAUUAACCACUGUAGGGUUUCUGUGGUGUCAAAUAAUGUCCACACUCUACUACUAACCCCCACAAACUACCUUGCAAGGUAGGUGACAUGAUCACCAACUGACUUUGGAGGAAAUGGAGGGUCAGGUUAAGUGAUUUCCCUUAAGUCACAGAGCUGGCAGCGGGUGGGAAUGCUGGGAUUCAAACCUAGGUUUGUUUUAGUCCAAAGCCUGUGCCUACUACUCUACCGUUUUGCCCUUUUGUUUGUAAAGGAUGGGAAACUAGCCUGUUAAUAUGUUUAGCAUCCUCUGUAAAUUCUUUAUUACAGAGCUGGCUUACCUUCUGCACCAUGUACGAGAACAUCUACAAGACUGGAAAUUUCCAUUAGAAUUAAUACCAUAAAAUGCAGGGCGUACAUACAGUCCAUUCCUAACUGGAAAACUGCAAACAUGAUAAGUAUCUGUGAAGUAAAGGAAAAUGUAUAUAGCCUUGUAUAAAAAGAGAGCCACAAGGUGAGAACUAAAAAUUAGCCAGCAAACUCAACAAAACAAUCCUUAUCUUCUUUGAGCUAUAGUCGUGAUCAAAAAAUCAUGAGGGGGAUAUUAAUCCAGGAAUUACAGGGCAUCAGGAACGCUAGACUCUUGGAGGAAACUGCAGCGUACAAUUUCAAGAUCUCAUUUCACUUCAGAGUAUAAAAUCCAAUCUGGUGUUUUUUACUUUAAAUUCUAGUCGUUUUUAUUCAUGAUAAUUGGUGAGUGUAUUAUCAUUGGUAAUGUGGUAUAAUUGUUGGUAAACAUGGUAUAAAUUACUUGUUUUAAAAAGCUUUCUACAGGGGUGCCUGACUGGCUCAGGGGUGGAGCAUGCAACUCGUAAUCUUAGGGUCAAGAGUUUGAGCCCCACCUUGGGGGAGGGGGUUGAUUGUACUUUAAAAAUGUCUUGAAAACGUUUCCUACACAACAGUAUAUUAAUGGCAGUGCUGCUGAAUUAGGAACUUCAAAUAUUUAGUAGUUUCUUUAAUUAGGAAAAUGAAGUGGCUAAAGCAAAUGAGACCUCUAUCUUAAUCUUUUGAGAACAGGUGUGACCUUUUUUCUCAGAAGCCCAAAGAACAUGUGUAUUUUGUUAUUUCUCCUUGUUAACAUCUGAGAUGAGGCUAUACCAAAAAUUUUAGGAAAACAAGCAAGGAAAAGGUUCCCUACGACUGUGUCUAGAACCAAGAUCACAUUAUAUCAUGGCUAAAGUUUUGUUUUCUAGAAAGUGCAAUAUAGGAAAAACACUCUGAGAAACUUUUAGAAACCUAGUGUUUCCGCUAUUAGAAUAUAUGGUAUUGGCAUCCAUAAGUAUCUGUUAAAACUUGUGUCUAGCAGGGGACGUAGUCUGAUAACUAAU